UCUCAGCACUGUCGAUGCUUCUGCUCUUCACCACGGUAGGAAAAUCUGCAAUGCUGACUGACAACCUCCAGACCACAGCAGCGCCUGCUUUGUCAAACUCAUCUCUGAGCACGCAGCUCAACAACAACAGUAUGGAGGAACCUAUGGUUCUGCGCUCACACAGAUCAUGUGGAAGUGAACAUGUAAACUACUGUGAAAAUGGUGGAGAGUGCAUGUACCCUCAAGACAAUGACCAACCUUUUUGCAUCUGCAAGUCUUCGUACAGCGGGCAUCGCUGCCUGUUCUUCAGUGAACGCUCUCACACUCUGCCCGAGUUAGAGCAACUGAUUGGCAUCAUUUUUGGGGUGGUUAUUCUCUUCUUUGUCCUGGCCAUCAUAAUUUACUGCUUCGCCAGUAAGAGGUGUAAAAAAUCGGUACCGCUGAUAAAAUCUGCACCAUCUGAGUUGUCGGUGUAACCCCCACAACUAACUCUUUGUCAUCAUCAUUGUCACCACUUUCAGUAUUAUCUCUCAGUGGAAAAAACAUAAACCAUAAUGUUUUAUCAUACUGUAUAAGCCACAGCACAGAUUUACAAAGCAAUUAAGAGACUAGAAGAUUAAUCUGCCUUUUGAUGUUGAACAAGGUCAGAUAUUAAUCACUUUAUUGCCUUUAAAGAUUGAGGGAGAACAAAUAUGACUUUCUAUCGUAAUAUGUCAUCCAUCCAUCCAUCGUCAACCGCUUAUCCUGUACAGGAGGGGCUGGAGCCAAUCCUAGCUGACAUCAGGCAAAAAGUGGGGUACACCC